GACAAUGAUAUCAUGUCAGUAAUAGUCAUCAUAUUAUAUGUGGCUGACAAUGAUCAUGUAUGUGUAAAUCUGUAAUAUAUAAACACACCUUAUGGCCAAUAAUAAUGCUUAAACCGACUAGAGAACUAAAAUGGACAGAGUUGCGGCAAAAAUAGCUAAAAUCCGUUCGCAGCUUAUGAAAUCUAGUUCACUAUUCUUACUCUAUUUCAUCUACUUCUUGCUCUUCUCCUUUUUAGGGUUCUUGGCUCUAAAGAUCACAAAGCCAAGAACCACUUCACGUCCUCAUGACUUGGACCUUUUCUUCACUUCUGUCUCUGCCAUCACUGUCUCUUCCAUGUCUACCGUCGACAUGGAAGUCUUCUCCAACACCCAACUUAUCUUCCUCACUAUCCUCAUGUUCCUUGCCGGCGAAAUCUUCACCUCCUUUCUCAACCUCUACUUUCAACAUUUCACCAACUUCGUCUUCCCUCACAACAAGAUUAGACAUCUUGUGGGAUCUUUUAACUCGGACCGUUUGGUCGAUGAUCACCGUAGUGACCUCGAGACUGUUACUGAUCAUCGCGAGGGUCUUAGCAAGAUCGAAGAAAGGGCAUCUAAGUGUUUGUACUCGGUGGUUCUUAGUUACCAUCUUGUAUCAAACCUAGUUGGCUCUGUGUUGCUUCUUGUGUACGUAAACUUUGUUAAAACGGCGAGAGAUGUUCUUAGCUCAAAAGAUAUCUCACCUCUCACUUUCUCCGUCUUCACAACUGUUUCCACGUUUGCAAACUGCGGAUUCGUCCCCACGAAUGAGAAUAUGAUCAUCUUUCGCAAGAACUCUGGACUCAUCUGGCUCUUAAUCCCUCAAGUACUGAUGGGAAACACUUUGUUCCCUUGCUUCUUGGCUUUGCUCAUAUGGGGACUUUAUAAGAUCACAAAGCGUGACGAGUUUGGUUACAUUCUAAAGAACCAAAAAAAGAUGGGAUACUCUCAUCUACUCUCCGUACGUCUAUGUGUUCUUCUUGGAGUAACGGUGCUAGGGUUUCUAAUAAUACAGCUUCUUUUCUUCUGUGCCUUUGAGUGGACCUCUGAGUCUCUAGAAGGAAUGAGUUCGUACGAGAAGUUGGUUGGGUCGUUGUUUCAAGUGGUGAAUUCGCGACAUACCGGAGAAACUAUUGUUGACCUCUCUACACUUUCCCCAGCCAUCUUGGUACUCUUUAUUCUUAUGAUGUAUCUUCCUUCAUACACAUUAUUUAUGCCGUUGACGGAACAAAAGACGAUAGAGAAAGAAGGAGAUGAUGAUUCCGGAAAUGGAAAGAAAGUGACAAAGAGUGGACUCUUCGUGUCACAACUUUCCUUUUUGACGAUAUGCAUCUUUCUCAUUUCGAUCACCGAAAGGCAAAAACUACGACGCGAUCCACUCAAUUUCAAUGUCCUUAACAUCACUCUCGAAGUUAUCAGUGCAUAUGGAAACGUGGGUUUCACUACCGGGUACAGCUGUGAACGGCGUCUGGACAUCAGCGACGGUAGCUGCAAAGACGCGGGUUAUGGAUUUGCAGGACGAUGGAGUCCUGUCGGAAAAUUCGUACUAAUAAUAGUAAUGUUUUAUGGGAGGUUUAAGCAGUUCACAGCCAAAUCUGGCCGAGCAUGGAUACUUUAUCCCUCCUCUUCCUAACAUAUCAUAUAUAAAUGUUAUAUAAAAAUUAGUCUCGUGUGUCACUUUAGUAUUCCUUUUCUGUGUGAUGUACAAUAAGUUUGUAUGUAGGUUUCAUCAUCGUAUGAAAAUGUAUUAUAUUUUCAUACAUUUAAUAAUAUUAACGAUUCGUUAAUAUUAUUAAAUGUAUGAAAAUAUAAUUUAAGGAAUCUAUUAUCUUGUGUUUCAUCAA